CCUUCCUCCUCACCUCCCUCCGCCCCCCUCCCCCGCGCCUCGGCUCCCGCAUCCCUCCAUCCAACCCUGUGCCGCAGCCGCAUCGCCACCGCAGCCUAGGCAGAGCCCAGUCGGCCCAGGCCCCUGUCUCUGCCUGGCCUCAGCUCCCCGCCCCCCCGCCGCGCACCUUACCCGCACAUCCCUCGGAGGUCUAGCCGGGUGCCCCCAGACCCCGGCCUCCAGCACAGAGGCAAGAGGCAGAGAGCAGCAGCGGAGGCGGGAGGACGAAGAAGGGGAGGAGGAGCCCGUCGCAGGAUGAAGGAUCGGACUCAGGAGCUGCGGAGUGCAAAAGACAGUGACGAUGAAGAGGAAGUGGUUCAUGUGGAUCGAGACCACUUUAUGGAUGAGUUCUUUGAGCAGGUGGAAGAGAUCCGAGGCUGCAUCGAGAAACUGUCCGAGGAUGUGGAGCAAGUGAAGAAACAGCACAGUGCCAUUCUUGCUGCCCCCAACCCCGAUGAGAAGACUAAACAGGAGCUGGAGGACCUCACGGCAGACAUCAAAAAGACGGCAAACAAGGUCCGGUCCAAGUUGAAAGCGAUCGAGCAGAGCAUUGAGCAGGAAGAGGGGUUGAAUCGUUCUUCUGCAGACCUGCGUAUCCGUAAGACCCAGCACUCCACACUCUCACGGAAGUUCGUGGAGGUAAUGACCGAAUAUAAUGCAACUCAGUCUAAGUACCGGGACCGCUGCAAGGACCGUAUCCAGAGGCAGCUGGAGAUCACUGGCAGGACUACUACCAACGAAGAGCUGGAAGACAUGUUGGAAAGCGGGAAGCUGGCCAUCUUCACGGACGACAUCAAAAUGGACUCGCAGAUGACAAAGCAAGCCCUGAAUGAGAUAGAGACAAGGCACAAUGAGAUCAUCAAACUGGAAACCAGCAUCCGAGAGCUGCACGACAUGUUUGUGGACAUGGCCAUGCUCGUGGAGAGCCAGGGUGAGAUGAUCGACCGAAUUGAGUACAAUGUGGAACAUUCUGUGGACUACGUGGAGCGAGCCGUGUCCGACACCAAGAAAGCUGUGAAAUAUCAGAGCAAGGCCAGGAGGGUAAGCCAGCGGAGGUUGCCUGAUGCAGGGGGAGGCAGGCUAGAUCAGUGGGUGGGGUGUGGCAGUUAUGAAAUGGGCGAGAGGCCUUAUCUACGGCUCUGACUGCUUCCUGUUUCUGUUUUCUCUCCCCUCUUUUUCCUCAUGUCCCACAUCCCAACUCUCCCUUCAUUUGUCUGUCUACCUCUCUUCCUGUCCCUCUCUUUCCCUCUUCCUCUCCCUCUCUCUCUUAUCUUUCUACCUGCAGAAGAAAAUUAUGAUCAUCAUUUGCUGUGUGGUGCUGGGGGUGGUCUUGGCGUCAUCUAUUGGGGGGACACUGGGCUUGUAGGCCCCUACCCUUCUCUUCCCCAGGACCCUCCCCACACAUCGGGAGCAAUACCCCCACCACCCUUUCACUCUUUCCCCUGCUCCAAGCUCACUCCCAAAACAGACCCAGGCAGUUCCAGCCUCUCUCACCCUCACGCAGACCCUGGAGUCCCUGGCUCUCACCUUGCCAUGGAUCCCCCUCCACCUUGCCGCACAUAGAUAGCAGCAGGCGUGAUCACACAUGCACACCAACAUGCAUGCCGAGGGCACAUGCUCAAGACGUGUGGACACCCCAGCGUGUGUGUACUUGUGUAGAUGUAUGUAGAUGCCCUGAACCUCUUCUUGCUGCCACCUUCAUCCUGUGUGGUCUGAACUUCCCUCUCUAGCCGGUUGCUGUGCUGACUGUAGCAGCCUACCAUGGCCCAACCUGUUCUGUGUGAAUAGACAUGGUGUGUAUGUGUGUGUGUGUGUGUGUGUGUGUGUGUGUGUGUGUGUGUGUAGAUCUGUGCCCAUACAAUGUAUGUACAUGGAGUUUUGUGAAUGUGAAAACCCAAAGCAUUUCCUCCACCUUCUCUCCUAUCUGUUACAUUUGGAGUGGGAGGCAUAUGUGAGGAUAAUUUACAUUCUCAGAGGAUCCAGGGUGGCCCGGUGACCAUGCCACACAUCUUUUGUGAUGUAGAACAAACUUUCCUGGCUUGGUUACUGCCAGGGGUCACAUCAUGUCCUGAGGAUUCUCUCUCUCAGCCUCUCUCUCUGUCUCUCUGUCCCUCAGUCUCUGUCUCUGUCUCUGUCUCUGUGUGUGUGUGUGUGUGUGUGUGUGUGUGUGUGUAUGUGUGUGUGUGUGUGUUGGGUCUUGAAGUUCAGGGGAGGCAACUGGAAGCCUAUGUGUGUAAGUGAUAAACAACUGGCGUAGUUUGUAUGAAUGUGUAUUUUCCUCAACAAAUGAUGUAAAGGGCUUCUGUACAAGAUGUGUGUGUGUGUGUGUGUGUGUGUGUGUGUGUGUGUGUGUGUGUGUGUGUAAGUAUUGAUAGUUUUCUCCUCAGACAGAGCCCUCCACGCUGUGAACCAGACAUUAGUUUUGGGUGGGUACAGAUAUCUGUCUCUAAGCUGUCUCAGAUAUGACUGUAUGUGUGCGUGUGCGCAUCCUUAGGGACUUUACAUACUGUGUUCCUGCUUCUGUAUAUCACACACACACACACACACACACCUUUAAGGCUAUGCCCUCAUCCAGGUUCCCUCUCCAUCUCCUCAAAACACAAGCCACACACACUGCUCCUCAGAAGUAUGAGUGGAGCUUCCUGCCUCAUCAGACCAUCUGACGGGGAAGCACAUUCUUACCUUUCUGUUUCUGCCUGACAGCAGAACUGAGCCUUGGACAGCUAGUACACGAGUGUGCCCAUGACUGCGGAGGCCCAGGAAGUUCCAGAAAGGUGGCCACACAUAGGAGCUGGGGCCUCACACAUAAGCAGCAUAGUGCCCCCCAAGGACCACACCCAUCUGUAUAUGAUGGCCUCCUGGAGGGGUAUGGUAGGACUGAUGAAGCAAGAGGUCAGGGCUGCCCAUGACAGGUAUUUCCCCUCCUGCCUCUCAAACUCACCUUAGAAACUACUGAUCCUCCCACUGCCCCAGCUGAUGCUUUGAACUUUCUCAAAAAACUUGUGUUUGAGCAACUGGAUUUCACAGAUACCUGAAUGGUCACUUAGGGCCAUCCUUGAACCUGUCCCUUGGAGAUGUCUUCUGCUGAAACAUCCUCCAUGGCCCCAACCACAGCUGAGUGACAGGAAGGUGAGACAGGGACUGUUCUCUGGCAGUGAGGAAUGAAGGAAGUCUUACAUUGUGUAGGUUAUGAGCUCUUGAGAGCAGGCAGGAGGUAAAUGGGAUAAGGACAGAGCUAGAAGUCCUAUGAAUAUGGAGGUGAUAUACAGAGGUGCGUGUGUCUGCUCCGGAGUAGGGUAGCCACAUGAAGUGUAUGUGUACACAAGUGCGUGCGGAACUCGGGCUGAAGGGAGUGACCCUGCAAAUGUGACUUCCAGAUAACAAGACUCUUCUGAGCCAGCUCUGACAACUGAUCUCUUCCCUGCCUGUCCACCUGGGGUGUGUGUGUGUGUGUGUGUGUGUGUGUGUGUGUGUGUGUGUGUGUCCACAUGUAUGUAACCCCUAGAUUAGCUGUGCUGAGGAAGGAGGCUGCCUGUCCAUUCCAGAAUAUUCUGCUGCAGGGCCCAGCACCUCCUGCCCCCACCUUGGCUUCUUUGGAGAUGUCAGAGGAGGCCCCAGGAUCUAGUUCCCUUCUUCUUUCAGCCCAGCCAGAACUCCCAUUAACUCAGAUGUUUCUAGCAGCCUCCCUGACACCCCAGUCAUGGUGUUCACAAGGACAGGGCUGUGGCUGGCAUGCUGCUCCUGCCUCUUUGAAUGGCACUGGGCCCACAGCUGCCCACCACUGAGCCUCAAACAGAUGAGCCGUCCCUGAGAGUCUGCUGUAACCCAGCUUUCUAAGACCCACACCUCACACGAUGGACAUGUUCGUUGACUGCUGUCCACAUGUGUAUCCUGGAUGGUUGUCUGGGGGCUGGUGUCUGUUGCAUGUUCUCAGAUGUGUGCUGCGUGCCCUCCACACACCCCAAACCAUCAAGCCCAAUUAUACUCCCUUGGUGGUCCCAGGCCCAAGCCAGGACUCAAUGCUUCCAUUCUCCCUUUCCUUGCCUCUUACAAAGCACACUGCGUGUCCAUCUCAUGUGCCCAUGGGUCAUCAUGCUCCCGUCAUACCUUGAGCGUGUACACAUGUGUGUUCUAUGCACUCGCCCUGCCCUACCUACCCAACAGAGGACAAGAUGGUCGGCCCCUAGCUCCCUUCUCCCCCACCUAGCCUUUCCCCACGCCCUGCUGUGCAGCUGUGUGCGUUGGUGUGUUUCUGUGUCGCUGGCGUGUCAUGUGAUGUAGCCAUGUUUGCUGACAUGAGCCCCUGCCCCCUUCUCUUUUUCUCCAUUGGUUUCUAGAACUCUCUUCCUCCCCUCCCCUGAGGGGACAGGACUCCUGGGGCCUAGCUGGGGGCCCGAGCCUGGCCACCCUCCUGUUAGCCCUCAGAGUCUUAUUUCUCUCUAUUGGUGACCAAGUUGCAAAUGGAUAAAAUACAGGAAAUUCUGACCCCCUGCCCCAGACCUGCAUGUCCUGUCCCCAGUGCCCCCGAACCCCAUCCUGGGCCGGGUUGGGCCUGGUGGGACGGGAGAAAUAGCAACUAAUCCAACAGCGGG